ACCAAGGGAGACAAACGGAGCACCUAAUAGUGAAAUCCUCAGCUUUUACAGGAUUUGGCGAUGUUCCAGGUGAGAAAUGGAAUGGAUUCUUUACCGCAAACUGCAUAGCUUUGGUGGCCAUUCUCUCUCUCUCUCUCUCUCUCUCUCCCUCUCGGUUCUUACACUCCCGAACAAAAGUAUCAAAUGUACAAACAGCGAAUUGUGGGCUUGAGACCCGAUUCCGAGUUCGAGUCCGAUUCGAAUCCGAUUUAAAACAGAUACGCGGAUUGUGGGUAAGUGAAGUUGAACCUACCGGUGAAUAGCCUUCUGAAAAAGCGAACAAGGCCAAAGAGGCAGGUACAGAGAGAACUCAGGAAACCGAGGCUUUCCCGCUUUCAUGCUCGUAUACAUGCAGAUAAACAGAGAGGAGAAAGGGGAGUGAGAGUGCCUUUGGAUCGGUUGGAGACUUCAAGCCGUCGCAGAUACCCAAUGAGAUGAGGUAAUUAAGGGAUGCAAACGGAUGGGAUCGAAUUUAGAUUAAAUAUUUUGGUUACUUACUCGGCUUCUUGGGGUGUCCGGUGGCGGCGUUCGGCGCCCGUCGUCUGCGUUCUGAUCUGAAACUAAAAAAAGUUGAAUAGAGCGAAAACAAGAUAUAAAACUGAACAUUUCGGCGCAAAUUUGAAAGAUGUAAAAGAAAGCGCCAGUUGUUACAGUGAGGAACAGAAAUGGCGGUUAUCGCAUCUCGUAUAAUUUUACAUCUUCGAAACCCCAGUAUUUUCUCUCAACCAUGCAUUAUUUUCCUCCGUAGCUUUUCUCUAUGGUCGAUGAAAAAGGACCCAUCUCUUGAAUCGGCUCUCUCUAGGAACCGUCGAUGGAUCGUGAACAACCAAAUCAAGAAUAUCAUCCUUCGAUGCCCUAAUCAGGUUGCACCAGUUCGAUUUCUCCAGAAGAAAUUCAAGACUCUCGAUCUUCAAGGUAAAGCCCUCAACUGGCUCAACAAAUAUCCAUGCUGCUUCGAGGUGUAUCUCGAGAACGGUGACCAGUAUUGCCGGUUAACAAAACGGAUGAUGUCCCUGGUAGAGGAGGAAGAAUCCGUGAAGGAUCAGCAGGAGCCGGUGCUCGUCGAGCGAUUAGCGAAGUUAUUGAUGAUGAGCUCCAAUAAAAAGUUAAAUGUGGUGAAGCUCAAUGAGUUGAAGAGAAAUUUUGGGUUUCCAGAUGAUUACUUAAUUAGGAUUGUACCGAAAUAUCCUGACAUGUUUCGACUUGUCAGUUACAGUGGAAGACGGAGCUCCAUGGAGAUUGAGCUUGUAUCAUGGAACCCUAAUUUAGCAGUUUCCGUAAUAGAAACCCAAGCUCGAGAGCGGGGGACUGAACCGCUCUUUUCUUGUUCUCUGCCUUCGACUUGGAUGAAAUCAUGGGAGAGAUUUCAUGAAUUUAAUGAAAGCCCAUAUAUAUCGCCUUAUGCAGAUGGUAGAUUUGGUGAAGGAUCAAAGGAGAUGGAGAAGAGGGCAGUGGGUCUGGUGCAUGAAUUACUGUCAUUGACUCUGUGGAAGAAAGCGUCAAUCAUAAAAGUAGGUCAUUUUAGGAGAGAGUUAAAUUUACCAGAGAGAUUGAAUGUCAUGCUUCUACAGCAUCCGGGCAUAUUUUAUGUUUCUAAUCGUUAUCAGAUUUACACAGUUCUUCUCAGAGAAGGUUACAGUGGUUCAGAGUUGAUUAAUAAGGAUCCAAUUGUUGUUGUCAAGGAGAAAUUUGGGGAACUCAUGCAGGAGGGGCUUCAUGAAUAUAAUCGGAGACGGCAUGCAUUGAAUUUGGAGAAGAAGAGGCAGAAAGGUGCAAUUUUGGUUAGACCAGAGAAAAGGGGGAAAAAAACCACUGAAACAUCAGAACAAGAUGAUAAUGGGGGCCAGCAAGGAACUUUAUAUGAUCCUGAAGAGAGAAAGCGGUUCUAUAAAGUUCUUUUUGAUGAUGAUGCCCGGUAGAUUCACAGUUGUGCUUGUGAAAGAAUAUCAGCCGAGAAUCAUCUUCAAGUGGCCAGUAGAGCGUCUAUGGAGUUCCUAAAUUUUGAUUAAAAGGAUUUUAUUAGUAGAAUGGGUAGAUUACAAAAACAAAAACAAAAACAAGUUUGUGCAAGAUGGACUACAAGGGGUGAAAAACAGAAAUCAUGAGCCAAGCUAGAAGCUUUACAAGCAUGCAGCUAGGCUAUAUAAGCUUCCUGUGGAAAUUCAGAUUCACUAUAGGCUCAUCUGAUAUCUGAUAUGGACCCGAAUGUAACUUAUCCAUCUAUCGUGGCAUUCAUCUCCUUUGGAGUCUAUUCUGGCACAGUAGGACUAGAGCCCAAAGUUGUCUAAACUCAUUUGGCAUGUAUGAGUUAUUUCCUUUUUAACUAACUGAGCUCUUUGCACGUUGCAAGAGAAUGGACUUUCUUUAUUUUCUCUAUAUAUGGCAACCUCAUGUAUAAUGUAUUCUUUGUUAUAUUUUGUUUCAUCUUUGUCAAAAGAGAUCAUUCAACCUCCUUGAGUCUAGAGAGACCUGAAGUAGAAGGGGAUUCUCAGAUAGCUGGAAGGGGAAACUCUUAGCCAUCUGAGGGCCUUGGGUCAUUAAGACAAUACAUUUUAGAGAGGCAAGAGUGAUGACUACAAGGAUGAACAGCUUGUUUAGAUGUGUACUAAGGUUAGCAACUACCCUAGCUUAUGUCUAUCCAGAAGAGUACAGAAUGAUUCUUUGUAUUGAAGGAUGAAAUAUACCAUGCUAGUAUUUAUUUUCUUUUUUUCUUUUCUGUGUUUUCUAUAUUGUGAGUCAGGCAGCUGAGGAAGUUUUUGGCAUCUCCUCUGACUAAUAGUGGUGAAAGAUUGUUGUUCUUUUCACUCAUUAUUUAUAAUGGUUUCUUUAGAUCUUGCUAAUGAUCAUGAAGAGAAGCUCAUCUAAUUUGUCAGUGUUUUAACAGAUGGAGAUUUUGUUUAGAGCUAAGAACAUCUGUGAUAGUGAGUGGUUACAACUGGUUGUACUUUGUUGGUUGAAGGAUCAACUUCUGUGAUCUGAACUGUGCUGAUUUGGGCUUUAAUGCAUGCAAAGAAACAGAUCACUCAGAUACUCACUAUCUGUAAUUUGACCCAACUACCAAGCUGCUGGCUUUUGGUAAGAAUAAGAUAUUGAUCUAUUGGCUGUAUCAAUUUCAACCUGGUCAUUGCCGAGGGCUACCAACCUCAUUCAAAAUGGGCCAAGAGCCAAAAUAUUGGUACUAAUUGAAUUAAGACUGCUAUUUCGAGGUAUUUUAUUGGGCUUUAUUUGUCUUAGGUGCCUAAACAAACCCUAAACCAUAGAAAGAUACCCUCAUGUGGCAGAGGCAUAUUUAAUAUUGUUAAUGGUAUCCUCCAGCUUAUGGACAGCCAUUUUAGAUGUUUUAAAUUAAUUGCUGUUUCAUAGUUUCAUUUGAUGGGUUCUCAAUUUAAGACAUUGCUUUUUUUUUUUUAAUUCAUUUUUUCCACUUGGGUCUGAAGUUUCAGCAGCAUUGAUUUAAGCCUAGUAACUUUAUAUAUUGCUAGCAAAUAGUGUUUUUCUCAAGAAUGCAUUUGUUUGUUGGAUCUUCCUUAUAGUAUUACUUUGGUAAGACCAACAACUGAAUUUUACCAAGGGCUGGAUCAUUUUGUUUGGGAUGAUUUUUGUAAGUGUCAUCCAUGUUGGUAAGAUAGAAAUUUUAUUGUGCAUUUUCAGCCUCAAAUCUAUUUGACUAAAUUUUGGAUUCAUAUUUUCUUUUCCUUUCUUUACUCCUGGAAAAAGGUGUGGCCUUCCUUAAAACAAAAUGGAUCAACAGGAUAGACUGCUGGCCCCAUGUAUGUGGGGAUAAGAAGGCAGAUGAUGAAUUGAUGAUGAUACUGUUAGAAUGCUCGAGUCAGGGGUAUUUUGGUCAUUCUGGAUUAU